AUGGCGGGGAGGCCGUUGGCGGCAGUAGAGGCGGAGGGUUGGAGCGACGCGCGGAGUGGCGGAAUGCCAGCCGCACCACACCGCUGCUCGACUCGGCGCGCUCUACACGCCCUCUGCACCCGGUUGUGCGCCACUCACCGGCUGACACGUGCAUUGCUCGAUAGGUGUGAUAAGCGCCGUGAUACCGACCGGCGUGUCUCACGCGUCAACUGCUCUACCCCCUGUUCAACGCACCUCGUUGUCAAGCCCGUCGCCUUGCCGCCCUCUCCCGUCACCCCGCCGUCUCUCCUGCGACCUGCCGGGCAUUGUGCUGCGUUUGCUCAUCCGUGCCAUGACGUCAUCGCUGCUUGGCGUCACACCUACACGCGCCGCUUCCACUGGGGCUGCCCAGCCACCGCCGCCUCCUCAGCCGCCACAGCAGGCGGCGCCACAUCAGUGGGCGCCACAUCAGUGGGCACCACAUCAGCGGGCGCCACAUCUGCGGGCGCCACAUCAGCGGGCGCCACAUCUGCGGGCGCCACAUCAGUGGGCGCCACAUCAGCGGGCGCCACAUCAGCGGGCGCCAUGCCUCUUGGUGCUUCAGAUGCGAGCAGUGCAGUUCACACAUUCACGCAUGUGCUCCAUGCCUUCACCGUCAUGCCUGAUUUCCAAUCAUACAACCCUCAACGUCCCAAACGUAACCCCAUCUUUCCUCUCGUUUUCGUCCCAUCGUUCCCCCAUCCUUCUCUUCCUCCCAUCCUCUGGGCCCUUCUCACUCUCUCUCGCAACGGUCCCUGCUCUCUCACCCACCUCCUCACUCUCUCUCACCCAUCUCCUCACUCUCUCUCACCCGCCCCCUCACUCUCUCUCACCCACCUCCUCACUCUCUCACCCACCUCCUCACUCUCUCUCACCCACCUCCUUACUCUCUCUCACCCACCCCCUCACUCUCUCUCACUCACCUCCUCUCUCGUUACCGCCGACCUGUUUUUGACCGAUCCUCCUCUCCCUCCAACCCAUAUCCUUCCCCGCCGGAACCCCUCGCCCUUUCUCCUACCCUUUUAUUCUCUUACAAUAUUUCCUUGCUCACCCAUCUCCUCUCUCUCUCCCGCCCCCUUCCUCUUGCCUACCUGCCGCCGAUGUCCCGACCCCACCGCCCGCUUCCGUUGGUGCAGCAGAGCCCGGCAGAAGCCAACUCCCAUCCCAGGGAAGGUGCAGCAGAGGGAUGGAGGGUGGUGCGUGGGAAUGGUGGGUGGUGCGUGGGAAUGGUGGGUGGUGCGUGGGGAUGGAGGGUGGUGCGUGGGGAUGGAGGGUGGUGCGUGGGGAUGGUGGGUGGUGCGUGGGGAUGGUGGGUGGUGCGUGGGGAUGGUGGGUGGUGCAUGGGAAAGGCAGCAGCCCCUGUUGUUCACAUUCCUCCCUCCUCUCUGUUUCGCCCCCAUUGGAGCGCACCAGACAGAAUGGCACCUGCCAUUCGCUGCAGUACAAUAG